AUGUGGCGAUUGAGUAGGAUGAUGGAAUGGGCAUGGUUGCAAAAGUCAAGGUUAGAUUGGAAUAUGAAAGGGGACAGGAACACAAGGUUUUUUCAUGUCAUGGCUACUAGUAGAAAAAAUAGAAAUGCCCUCAACUCCAUUAUUGUUGGUGAUAGGGUGAUUGAGGAACCAAUCGCGGUCAAGGAUGAGGUGUGGUCACACUUUAGAAAGCAGUUUUCAGAAGAAUUGAGGCAUAGACCUGUGAUAGGAGGUGAUUUCAAGAAUGUCAGGCACAGUGAUUCAUUUCAUAUGUUAGAGUCAGAAUUUUCAGCAGAGGAGGUUUGGGAAGCUAUCAAACAUUAUUUCCAUGAGAGGGGCAGCUUGGCUAAUGGGUUGAAUAGCUCUUUCAUCACACUUAUUCCAAAGAAAGUGAAUGCAACUAAUCUAAAUGAAUAUAGGCCAAUCAGCCUUAUUGGGUCAGCUUACAAAAUACUCACCAAGGUUCUUGCAAGUAGACUAAAAAAGGGUAAUGCCAGCUAUGACUCCUUAUUAUUCUGUGAUGCUGAAUGCUCAAAAGUGCUGAAUUUAAAAAGGAUCUUGAGGUGUUUUGAAAUUGCAUCCGGGCUUAAGAUAAACUACCACAAAAGUAUGGUUUGUGGUUUUGGUAUCUCUGCAUCUGUGCUCAGUGAGUUUGCUUCCAUGCUAAAUUGCAAAUCUAAGUCAAUGCCACUGAAGUACCUUGGCUUGCCACUGGGUGCUUGCCCUCAUAGGAAACUGAGUUGGAAACCUGUCAUUGAGAAGAUAAAGCUUAGACUUGCUGGUUGGAAGAGGCGAUUUCUCUUCUAUGCAUGUAGACUAACUCUGAUUAAGGGAGUGUUAUCAAGCCUGCCAGUGUAUUACCUCUCUCUAUUCAAGAUACCUGAAGGGAUAGCAAAAGAAAUUGAACAAUUACAAGCCUCAUUCCUAUGGAGUGGCUCUGAGCUAAAGAGAAAAGUUCAUUUAGUGAAAUGGGAAGAGUGGCGGUUUGCCAAUGAGGAAACAGCUUUGUGGAAGAAGGUGAUUUGUAGCAAAUACAAAGUUGAAGGUGGGAAAUGGCUCCCAGAUCCUCAAGCAGCCAGCAGAUGUUCCAAGAUUUGGGGAGAUAUUUUGGUAGUAGCAAUCCAAAGAACCAACCUCCUGCAAUUUUAUGUAACUAAUCUUCAGAUUAAAGUGGGAAAUGGGUGUAGAGUAUGCUUCUGGCAUGACUGCUGGAUUGGAACAGUUAGCCUUAAAGAGUUAUUUCCUAGACUGUUCAGAUUAUCUAAUGAUAAGGAUGGGUCUUUUAGGGCCUAUGCUGUCAAAAGAGGAAACUCUGAUAAUUGGGUGUUUAGUUUUAGGAGGGCUUUAUUUCAAUGGGAACAAGAUGAGCUUAACACUUUUAAUCAAUCUAUCAGAGUAAAUCUUCUGUUGAAUUUGAACUUGCAUGCUUUGGACAAGGCAGUUUGGUUAGCAACUAAACCAGGGCAGUCCUUUGUCUCAACCCUAUAUAAACAAACUGAUUUACAGCAUGAUUUUGCUUGGGAGGAAAGCUGCAAUGCUUUAUCUGUCAAUAGCACAUCAGGUCUUAUUUUGCAACACUUCAGGUCUUAUUUUGCCUCAGGAAUUGUGGCUGAUCUAGUGUGGAUCUGUGUUGGCCUUGUGUUACUGCUCUACUGUGCUAGUCUGCUUGUUCUGGACUGCUGCUUUGCUCUGGUUGCUGCUGAUUCUGCUAUGUUAGAUGUUAAAUUGGAAAACAAUGAUUAUGCUGCUGUAAAGAGAAUGUAUUAUGGUCUUUUUGCCUACUGCUGGAUGUGGAAUGGUUUGUACCUGUUCAAUCUGUCUAAACAGGAAGAAAAAGUGAGAGUUACAACAGAGUUUUGA